GAUAUUCUGCCCGGGUGCGCAGCGACUGAUGCUUGCAGGAAGGCAGAUUAGCGGCAGGGAAGGAACAAACUAUAUAUUUUUUAAUCGUAAUGGACAUUUUAUCGCGAUGCAAACGGGACACUUUCACCGAUGCAUGCUCUAUUAUUCACCCGCUAGUCCAAUGAGGCGACUAUUCUGCAGCGUCUUGUUAUUGCAUCCCCUUCACUUCUGAAAACAUCACUUCAUUCCGCGCAGGAAGGCACCAUGCUGACUAGUAUCACCGAGGGGAUACUCUGCUGCCUCACCGGGAAGGCGGCACGUCUCGUUCUGCCCCUGGAGUCCACAGCACCCUCCGACGGCUUCGAAUUCGUGGAGGUGAAACCCGGAAGAGUUCUGCGAGUCCGCCAUAUCGUCCCCGAACGUCAGCCGGUUGGGAAGGAGGAGCGAGAGCAGAAGGACGGUGAGCGCGAUCACUCAGAGGACGCCGACGGUGGUGUCCACUGCAAGAGGAAGAUCACGGUCUACCGUAACGGUCAGCUGGUCAUUGAGAACCUCGGCGAUGUUUUGCACUCUGAGAUCCUCCAGUGUCAGGACGGUGAUCUGGAGCCAUGUAGUACUGUCGAGGUGGAGCUGGCCGACUACAAGGAAAUGGCCUCGUCCCCGGAUCCCAGACCGGUUCCGCCUGCUAUUCCUCCGCCUCCUGGCGAGCAGAAGCCUGCCCCGCCUCCUCGCCGCCGCCGCCGGAAGCCCAAACGCACCGUGCUGAUCGACUCCCACAGAGUGAUCACCAGCUGCAAGGGCACGCACUCGGACGUGGCGCUGUUUUUUGUGCACGGCGUCGGAGGCUCCUCGGACAUAUGGAGCAGCCAACUGGACUUCUUCUCUCGGCUGGGCUACGAGGUCAUCGCACCGGACUUGGCGGGGCACGGAGCCAGCAGCGCCCCGCAGAUUGCCGCCGCCUACACUUUUUAUGCUCUGGCGGAGGACCUGCGUGCCAUCUUCAAGAGAUAUGCUCGGAAACGCAACAUUCUCAUCGGCCACUCGUACGGGGUGUCGUUUUGCACAUUCCUGGCCCACGAAUACCCUGACCUUGUCCACAAGGUGGUAAUGGUCAAUGGAGGAGGUCCCACAGCCUUGGAGCCCAGCCUCUGUUCCAUCUUUCAGCUGCCGUCAUGUGUCCUUCACUGCCUGUCUCCUUGUCUGGCCUGGAGUUUCCUCAAAGCCGGAUUCGCCCAUCAAGGUGCCAAAGAAAAGCAGCUGUUGAAGCAAGGCAACGCCUUCAACGUGUCGCCAUUCGUGCUGCGCGCCAUGAUGAGCGGGCAGUACUGGCCCGAGGGGGACGAGGUCUACCACGCCGAGGUCACCGUGCCCAUCCUUCUGGUUCACGGCAUGUGUGACAAGUUUGUGCCAAUGGAUGAAGACCAGCGCAUGGCAGAGAUCCUCCUGUUUGCCUUCCUAAAAGUCAUCGAGGAAGGAAGUCACAUGGUGAUGAUGGAGUGUCCCGACACGGUCAACACCCUCCUCCAUGAGUUCUUCCUCUGGGAGCCCGACUCGUCCAGGAAAGACAGCAAGAAGACGGAGGCGGCGGACAAGUCGCUAGCAGUCAGUGGCGCCCUCCACACGCUGAGAACCAGCACUUGUCAGAUGUUCUUCAGGCUGCUUCCCGGCUGAGAGCUGUUACAUUUGAAGGCCACGCGUCUCCAGGACGGAGGCGGCCGCUGGUGCUCUGAGAUCAAGCUGGAACCCUGGCGCACUGCCAGCAGGGGAACAAUGGCCAGGAGGGCAACUGGUGCAAAUAACGAGGUUGGGCUUUUUCUUUUUUUUUUCAAAACUUAUUUUUUGUGGACGCGCAGGUGCACGGUUACAAGUCGUGAUGCAACAGUACGAAUAGUUUCUAUAGCCAAUGGAAUGCUGACGAGGGCCGAGGUUACAUACAGUACGUGUUCCGUCGCUGAAUUUUCUUAUAAGGACGUGACUCAGUGUUUAUUUCAUACAAAAGGAAUAACCCAAAUAUACACAAUAGCUCCUAUAGUAGGCUAUGUGUGACUGAUUGGACCACAUAUUGCUGAAGAACCAACAUAUAUCGUAAUAAUAACCACGUGCUCGCAUGAAGAUUUAGUCAUAACCAACAGGAGGUCUACACUGUAAAAAAAAAAAGACCUGCAUUUUACAGUAUUUUAUCCACAGUAACAUUACAACACAUUCGUCUUUAUAUUUCACAGCAAUGAACUGUUAUGUCACAGUGAAAUACUGUCAUCCAAGUCCUCUGUACCCAUGAAGGUUCUCACUCAUCCAGGUCCUUGUAGUCCCAGGGCGUUCAAUCAUCACAACUGGACUGUUUGGUUGGUCUUGGAAGAUGUUUGGUCUCUCAUCCCAGUACACUUCAUCAGUUCAUGUUCAUAGACUUAGAUUGGUCAGAUCGAGUCUUAGACUUAGAUUGGGUAUAUCUAGUCUUAGAUUUUGAUUGGUCAGAUCUCCUUUUAGACUUAGAUUGGUCGGAUCUAGUCUU